AUUUAUUUAAAUCUUUUAAAUGAAUCAACUCAAAAAUGCUGUUCUGUCCAACCUGCGGUAAUUUGCUUCUCGUUGAGGAAAGUGCCACCUGUUUGCGAUUUUCAUGCAGCACUUGUCCAUACAUUUCGAAUAUCAAACGUAAAAUUUCUACUCGAAUUUAUCCCAAAUUAAAGGAAGUGGACCAUGUAAUGGGUGGAUCGGCUGCAUGGGAGAAUGUUGAUUCAACCGAUGCUGUAUGUCCAUCGUGUUCGCACCGACGAGCCUAUUUUAUGCAAAUGCAAAUAAGAUCUGCCGAUGAGCCGAUGACUACGUUUUAUAAGUGCUGUAACAACAAAUGUGGCCACAAUUGGCGUGAUUAAGUGAACGAAAGAAUGGACAUAAACUAUGUUAAUAGACAAAGGUUUGAAAUUAGUUAGAAUAUAUUUUGGGCGCAAGAUGAGCGACUUACAAGAACUAUCAGUGAAUCAGAUCAAAUUUAUCGAAUCGUGCGACUCGAAAAUUCAAAUGGACAAUUUAAUUGUGAAGUGUUCGGACAAACAUGCAGUGAAAAUAGCAGCACAAAAGCUACGAGUUGGUGGUGUGAUUGCUAUACCGACCGAUACCGUUUACGGCCUAGCGUGUAAUGCUAAUAAUCGUCAAGCUAUUCGCGAACUGUAUGAAAUUAAAGGUCGUAAUGAAUGCAAACCCGUUGCCAUUUGUGUACCAACAAUAAACGAUUUGCGACACUGGAGCGAAGCAUCACAUUUAGCAAAUGAUUUGCUGGAAAAACUGUUACCCGGCGCCGUCACAAUCGUUUUGAAACGAUCGAAAAACUUAGACAAUCCGUACCUCAACAAUGGCAUCGAAAAAAUCGGCAUUCGAAUUCCGAAAUUUGAGUUUAUACA